CAAAAUUCCUCGAUUGUUAAAGAAUAUCUUAAAAUAAACUUGAAUCUUCUCGAAUAUUCUAAAUAUAUUCUUUACUUAUGUGACUCAAAUAAUUUCUUGAAAGAAAAAAAAAAUGCGAGAGAGCAAAAGUAAAAAAUUUAUAGGCACUUACCGUCUGGAGCAUGCACCUCUCCUUCCGGAUAACAACGUCGCUCCUCGCUAUAAAAGAAAGCCACCUCCCAAACAACCAGGAGCAAAGAGUUCCAGGAAAGCAUUUCCUCCUCCUCUAGAUCAUGGAGUCGUCUUCUGGAUUCGAUUGGUGGAUCCUCACUCUGCCUUUCUUCCCCCGGCAUUUACUCACCGAUCAUGCAUGGCGAUUCGCCGCUGCUGCUGUGGCCGUGCUCGUUCUAGCUGCUGUCUCGGCGAUCCUGGCUGCUUGGCUUGUUCCCGGUGGCAAUGCAUGGGGGAGAACGCUGAGGAAGAAGCAGACCAUCCCGGGGCCGCGAGGAUGGCCAGUGCUUGGAGUCUUGACGGAGAUGGGAGGCCAAGCCCACCGAAAGCUGGCCAAGCUCGCCGAGAGGUACCACGCCAAAGAGCUAAUGGCCUUCGGCCUGGGGAACACGAGGAUGAUCAUCACCAGCAAGCCGGAAGUGGCACGAGAGCUGCUCAACAGCUCCGAGUUCGCGGACAGGCCUCUCAAGCAGUCGGCACAGCAGCUCCUGUUUGGACGAGCAAUCGGCUUCGCUCCCUAUGGAGAUUACUGGCGUAACUUGCGGAGGAUUGCAUCCAACUAUCUGUUUUCUCCACGCCAGAUUGCUGCUCACGAACCAUCUCGUCAGGCAGAGACAAGCAGGAUGAUCGAAGCAAUGAGUACCUUUGCAGCCAACAACCACGGGCUUGUCCGAGUCCGGGACUUUCUCCAGCGAGCUUCGCUUAACAACAUCAUGCAGACGGUGUUCGGCAGGAGCUUCGAGGAUGGCUCUGAGGACGCUGCUCGGCUUUCUGAGAUGGUGAGGGAAGGUUUUGAGCUGCUCGGUGCAUUCAACUGGGCCGAUCACUUGCCAGCUCUCAAAGCAGUCGAUCCCCAGAACAUCCUCCAGCGCUGUGACGUUCUGGUUCCCCAAGUGACGAGGUUUGUCCAGAAGAUCAUCGACGAGCACCGCCAGUUGGUCGAUAAGAAAGUUGGCGAAGCCGACUUUGUGGAUGUGCUGCUCUCCUUGGAUGGCGAGGAGAAGCUUGAAGACGCGGACAUGAUCGCAGUUCUCUGGGUAAGAAGCUUCAAGUCUGCCUCUGUUUUCUUUUAUGACUUACGUGGUGUUUUGCAGGAGAUGAUUUUCCGAGGCACUGACACGGUUGCACUCCUCACUGAAUGGAUUCUUGCAGAGCUCGUCCUCCAUCCUGAAAUCCAGAGCAAGUUGCGACAUGAGAUCACGAGCGUCGUUGGAAAAUCCAAAGUUGCCGAGUCUGACCUCCAGAAGAUGGUGUACCUCCAGGCCGUUGUAAAGGAGACUCUUCGGAUGCAUCCUCCGGGUCCCUUGCUAUCUUGGGCUCGGUUGGCGAUUCACGACGUAAGCUUGAGUGGCCACCACGUCCCUGCAGGUACCACGGCCAUGGUAAACAUGUGGUCCAUCACUCACGAUCCUUCCAUCUGGUCCGAGCCUGAGAAAUUCAACCCGGAGAGAUUUUUGGAGCAGGACGUUGAUGUGAAAGGAACCGACUUACGUCUCGCUCCAUUCGGAGCUGGUCGACGAGUGUGUCCCGGACGAGCUCUCGGCCUCGCUACUGUUCUUCUCUGGACGGCUCGGUUGGUUCACAAGUUUGAGUUCCAGGUCGACCCAGCCCAUCCCGUUGAUCUCACCGAAGUUCUCAAGCUUUCGAGUGAGAUGGUAAAGCCUCUGGUGGUAACAGUGUUAUAGUCUGUGCCUGUAGUUAAGG